AUGUCACGUCCACCGUCUCCUUCCUCCUCUGCCGUCGGUGGUGGUGCCGCUGCCGUGCUGCCACCGCGGAGCGCAUCGACCAUUGUGUCGCAGAGCGGCAGGCCCUUCGACACCUCGUUGGUCGUCCAGGUGGACGGGUACUCCCGCCGGACCCAGGUUCCUGGCAGCGGCGUACACAUGAGCAGCUACGCUGUCGGGCAUUGCCAGUGGCGGCUGAAGAUCUACCCCUACGGAAAGAGUUCAUCCGACGCCGGUUGGGUCUCCGUCUACCUGGAGCUUCACGAUAGCUACCUCCACGACGGCGAGACAGUCAUGGCGCAGUUCAGCAUCAGCCUGCUCGACCGGGUUGGGGAGCCGGUGCCUUUGUACAGCAAAAACAGCCGCACGCUCCUGGCCUUCGCUUCCAAACAAGAAAAUGGUUAUCCCCGUUUCAUCCCGGGCUAUGUGGUGAAGAGGUACCUAAGAGAGGAUGAUAGUUUCAGACUGAAAUUCCAAGUCGUCGUCCACAACAUGUACGGGCGGCCCACCCGCGCCCCGAAAACCGUCGUGGUGCCGCCGUCCGGCCUGCGGCGGCAUCUCCUUGACCUCCUGAGGAGCAAACGGGGUGCGGACGUGACGUUCGAGGUCGGUGGCGAGCUCUUCGUGGCGCACAGGUGCAUACUCGCCGCUCGUUCCUCCGUGUUCAUGGCGGCGCUCUUCGGCCCGAUGGCGGAGAGCGCCACGCCCACGGCGCGGGUGCGGGUGGACGACAUGGAGCCGAGAGUGUUCGAGGCCAUGCUGGAGUUCAUCUACACCGACGAAUGGCCUGCAGAGGUAGUAGAUCCAACAAGCGACAACAAGGUGGAGAUGGCCCAGCACCUGCUGGUGGCGGCGGACAGGUAUCUCCUCGAUAGGCUAAAGUUGACGUGCGAAGCCAUGCUGUGUGACACCAUUGACAGGCGCACGGUGGCGACCGUCAUGACGCUAGCCGAGCAGCACGGCUGCCGCGGUCUAAAGGAGGCCUGCUUCAACUUCCUCCACCGGCUUCCGGGCAACCUGGAGGCGGUCAUGGCGAGCGAGGGCUAUCAGCACAUGGAGGCGAGCUGCCCCUCCCUCGUCAAGGAAAUCAUGAACCAGGCCACGGCCAUGUCCGGGUCGCACGUUCUGGAGAUCGAUGGCUACUACCGAGCCACAGGGCUCCUCCGCAACGGCGGCAGCGUCAUGUCCAUCAUGUUCGCCGCGGGAGGAUGUCGCUGGCGUAUCCAGUACUACCCGGACGGCCAUAGCUCGGGGGACGCCGGCUGGAUAUCCAUGUUUCUCGUGCUUUGUGAUGACGACGGCGAUAACGGAGCCACCGUUCAAGCGCGAUAUCAGAUCAGUUUGCUCGACCUUGACGGAAACCCAGUGGAGUGGUGCCGCAUCGGUAGCGGAGGGACGCCUGUGGAAUUCCCCGGCCAAGGACGAGGCGGUACACUCGUCCAGAGGAAGAUGUUGGAGGUAUGUGGCUGCCUCAAAAGAGAUGGUUUCAGGGUCAGGUGUGAUAUCACCGUUGUUGGCAGCCCAGCCCCAGCGACCACCCUGCAGGACCAGGAGAUGAGCGACGGUGGCAUGGAGCUCAAGCAAGAACGGCCCAAGCGCAUCGUCCAGCCCAACAGGAAGUACGUGAGCGAUGACUGGACCAGGUGAAGCAGCACACGCCACGUACUGCCGCAGCUACACCUGAAUCAUCCUCGGCAAGGCGGCGGCGGAACUGGUUUCCCUGUGUAAUGCGGAAUAAAUCUUCAGCUUGGUCAAUUACUUCUUUGCUUUUAUGCAAACGAUUCUUUUUCUUGUUUUCUGUUUUGUUGACAAACCGUGUGCUCAAGAAAAUUUGA